AUGGCUACCCGGGGGUCUCUGGAAGAAUUCGACCCCACCAAACCGGGCGGCUGGAAGAGCUACGCGAGCCAGCUGGCCUUCUACCUCGACGCCAACGAUAUCACCGAUGUCGGGAAGAAGCGCUCCGCCUUCCUCAGCGUGUGCGGGGCCCAGACCUUCGACCUCGCUCAGUCCCUGCUGGCUCCCGCCGAACAGGAGACGACGCCAUUUCCUGCGAUCAUGGCGGUGCUGGGGAGCCAUUUCAACCCCCAGCCAACUCGGGCCACCCGCUGCUUGGCGUUCCACCUGCGGGACCAGGGACCAGGGGAAUCUGCAGCUGCAUACAUCGCCGCUCUGCGCACGGCCGCCCAUUCCUGCGACGUCUCCCUCCACAAGGUGCACGGGGCAGACAAGGUCGCCAUCGUCGUCAAGAUCGGCGGUGCGCCUUGCGAGAUGGAAGUGGACUCUGGGUCGGCUCUCUCCAUUAUAUCGAUGGACACGUACCGCGACCUGGGCCGUCGCUCUGCCUCCCUCCCCGAGCUGCGACCAUCCCGCGUCACCAUUUGGGACUAUCAGCGGCGCCGGGUGCCGGUCCGGGGGGAGGCCCGCGUGCCCGUUCAAUUCCGGGCCCGUUCCGGGCGCCUCCGCCUCAUAGUGGUUGAGGGGCCUCGCGCGAGCCUCCUGGGGCUCGACUGGUUUCCGGCGCUCGGCCUUCACAUCGGCGGCAUCCACCACAUCAGCCAGGCCGCCCUCGACGACGUUUGGGCGGAGUUCGAGGACGUGUGGAAGGGCCCACUGGGCUGCUACAAGGGGCCGCCGGUCCGCCUGCACGUCGACCCCGCCGCUGCGCCCAUCCGCCUCAAGCCUCGCCGCGUCCCCUUCGCCCUCAAGCCCCGGAUCGACGCGGAGCUUGACCGUCUCGUCGCUCAGGGGGUACUGGUACCGGUCCCCAACGCCCCCUGGGAGACCCCAAUCGUGACGCCGCUCAAGCCCAACGGGGACGUCCGCAUCUGCGCGGACUACAAAUGUACUAUUAAUACUGCGCUGCGGCCGCACGCCUACCCCAUGCCCGUUGUCAGCCACCUCCUGGCCUCCCUUGCUGGGGGUCAGGUGUUUGCCAAACUGGACCUCGCUCAGGCUUACCAGCAGCUGCCCGUGGACCCCGAGUCGGCCGAGGCGCAGACGAUUGUCACUCACCGGGGUGCCUUCCGGGUGACACGCCUACAGUUCGGGGUCAGCACGGCCCCGGGCAUCUUCCAGAAUUUGAUGGAAGACCUCCUGAAGGGCUUGCCUGGCGUCGUCCCGUACUUCGACGACGUCUUGAUUGCCGCAAGCUCCGAGGACGAGCUCCUGGAUCGCGUCCGCCGGGUGCUCCGCUGUUUCCGAGAUGCCGGGUUGACGGUCAAGCGAGAGAAGUGCCAGCUGGGCCUGCCGCAGGUGGAGUUCCUGGGCUACUUGAUCGACGCAGAGGGCAUCCAUCCCACGCCCGACAAGAUCAAGGCGAUCCACAACGCCCCGCCGCCCCGAAGCAAACAGGAGCUCCAGUCGUUCCUCGGCCUGCUGAACUUUUACCACGCCUUCCUCCCUAACAAGGCGUCGGUUGCCGAGCCGCUCCACCGGCUCUUGGACAAAUCCUCCCCGUGGGCGUGGGGUAAGUCGCAUCAACGGGCGUUCGAGGCUACCAAAGCCCUCCUGUCUCCCUCCAGCUUGCUCGUCCAUUUCGAUGAGAAGCUUCCUGUUGUGUUAACAUGCGAUGCCUCGCCCUACGGUGUCGGAGCGGUUCUGAGCCACCAGCUGCCAGGCGGUCGGGAGGCCCCGAUUGCCUUCUACUCCCGGACCCUCUCCACUGCAGAGAAGAAUUACGCGCAAAUCGACCGGGAGGCGCUCGCCGUCGUGGCCGGCGUGAAGAAGUUCCACGACUACGUUUAUGGCCGCCCCUUCUCCAUCAUCACCGACCACAAGCCACUUUUGGGGUUGUUCGUGCCGGAUCGUCAGACACCACAAAUCCUGUCCCCCCGUAUGCUCCGGUGGUCGAUUUUUCUCAAUGCCUACGACUUCCGGCUACUGCACCGCCCCGGGUCCAGCAUCGCGAACGCCGACGCACUCAGCCGUUUGCUGCUCAAGGACUCCGACCCGGACCCGUCCCCGGCCUACAACGUCAUGCUGCUGGAGACCCUGCCUGAACCGCCUUUGCAUGCCUCGGACAUUGCGGCUCACACUGCGAAGGACCGCACCCUCGCCCGCGUUCUGAACUGGGUGGGGAAGGGGUGGCCGGCGGCCAGGCCGGAGGGCGAAUUCAAGCCCUUUUUCACGCGGCAGCAUGAACUCUCGCUGAACAAGGGGUGUCUGCUCUGGGGGAACCGUGUCGUGGUUCCAGCCAAACUGCGCACCAAGGUCCUGGACGCCCUGCAUGCCUGCCACCCAGGCAUGGUGCGCAUGAAGGCCCUGCUUUUUGCCACCCAUGGGUUGCCAGACACGGUGGUCUCCGACAACGGGGCCCAAUUCACGUCCGCGGAGUUCCAAGAGUUCUUGGCCAAAAAUGGAAUCCGCCACACGACCUCGGCCCCGUUCCACCCUGCCACUAACGGACAGGCGGAGAGAAUGGUCCGCACGACCAAGGAAGCGAUGCGGCGCAUUGAGCGCAACGACUGGGACAGGGGGCUGGCAGAAUUCCUUCUGUACCAGCACACCACGCCCAACUCCACCACCGGAAAAAGCCCCGCGGAGCUCCUCAUGGGCCGCCGGCCAAAAACACCACUUGACCGGCUACACCCCGACCUUGCGCCAGAACGCCCUCGCCACCGAGAAGAACCAGCAACCCCACGAGUCGUAGAGCAGGAUGCCCCCGUCUAUGCCCGUAACUAUGGAAUGGGCCCAGCCUGGAUUCCGGCUACCGUGCAGGACGCAACCGGCCCAGUAUCCUACCGGGUUGCCACCCCCGAGGGUCGAGUCCUCCGGCGACACAUCGAUCAGCUGCGCCGCCGACUGGCUGACGAGCCCGACCGCGCCGCUGCCACAGAAGCUCCAGAGCUUCCCAGAGUGCCGGAACAAGCCGCACCAGGGGAGAGCGAGCCGAGCGGGGAGCGCCUGUCUGCCGGCAUGCACAGAGAGCUCCUGGAAGCCGUUUCUCCCACCUCCUGCGAACCCGGGCCGACUGCUGCCACAGACACGGCCCCACCACCCACAACACCAGUUCCGGUACCGCGUAGGUCGCAGCGGUUACGAACACGACCCCGCCACCUGAAAGACUUUGUGUGCUCGUGA